CGUACUGUAAAGAUCCAGCUGGCUGAUGUGAGUUUCUCGAUGGAGUUUCGUCUCACUAUUAAUUCUCGUGCAUCAGACCUGAUGUCACAGUUUUAUAAAGAACUACACACCUCUGACAACAGCAGGGGACUCCUGAAACGAAAUGGUUCAACAACCUACCCGGACUGUGCUAUCUAUGAAGUGGGUGGGAAUAUCGGUGAACAUUGUUUGGAUCCAGAGACUCAUUUGUUCGACCUGUACAACAACAACCCCGGCGGUGAGUGGAUCAUCAAACUGAGAUCGUCCAGCAGGGGGCAGUAGAGACACACCAGAGUGCCACAGGAGACCUUUGACCCCUGAGGAGAACCAGAGUUAAAGCACUGAGAUUCUCUGACAGCUGCGCCGUUAAUGAUGUUAUGAAGCUGGACUUCUGCAUUGAGUUUGGACUCUGUUGAUGUUGUGAUGUGCUGGUUUGAUGCUGAAGGGCCGCUUGAGAUUGUUGGAUUAUUUAUUAAGCACCAGAGCACCGCUGUGUUUGUAGAUGUGAUGAAUGAAUGUCCGAGGUGUUGUGCUGUACAGAUCUGGUGCCUAGCAGUAUUAAACACACAACUCAGUGUGAGUCUGGAGCGUCACCGGACACUAAACACGCUAUCUCUCUCUCUCUCUCUUCUGUCGUUUGAUCCAAAUGAUUACCUUCAGUACUACUUUUAAAUGUUAUUGUAUUAUAUUGAAGCACUUCCAAGCCUUUUGACAUCAGUUUGUCUCUCUGAUAGACUUUGUAUUUCUUUGACUCUAACUUAACGGUUAAGACACAUUCAGAUAGUAUUGUGCAUCACACACACACACACGCACACACACUCAUUUGUCAUUCCAGCAGCUCGUAUAGUCAUGUCAGAGUUGUGCGAGUGUUAGUGAGAUCAUGCUGUGUAAUAGUGUAUAACAUCCAUCACACACUGUCAGUCUCAUCCUGCUACACAAACAUACACACACACACUCAUACACAGACACACAUGCACAAACAUACACUCAUAUUCAC